UGUGUUUUCCUGACUGCACUCCCAGGCUUGUGCGCCCAGCAGCAAUCCAGGCACAGCCGGCUGGGUUGGUACAAUCUGGAAGCUUGUUGCAAUAACACACAGAACAAAAAACACAAGGAAGCGCCUGGCAGCUGUAUAAAACUCCCUCUGAGCUGCAGUCUCCACAGAAGUUUACCAGCUCCAGCAAUCAGCAUGACCAGCCAGUCUCAGGGAAUCCAGCAGCUUUUGCAGGCAGAAAAACGUGCCAAGGACAAACUGGAGGAAGCCAAAAAAAGAAAGGGUAAAAGGCUGAGGCAAGCCAAGGAAGAAGCCACAGCUGAGAUAGACCACUACAGACUGCAGAGGGAGAAGGAAUUUAGAAACAAGGAAACAAAUGUAAUGGGCUCCCAAGGUAACUUCUCUGCCAAAAUAGAAGAGCAAACAACAGAAGCCAUCCGAAACCUCACGAGCAGCUACCACAAGAACAUGGAGAGCAUGAUGAAAAAGCUCUUGAGCACAAUAUGUGACAUCAGCCCCGAAAUUCACCCAAACUUCAGACCUGCAGUUUAAAAUUAAUUGAGGUGCUGCUUGUAAAAAGUAGCCUUCUUUCUUGAUAAGCAUAAAUACUUCCUCAUGUAUUGUUUCUGUAUGUGUGAGAAAAAAAGAGCGCUGAAGCCAAAAGCACACAAUUCCACACAGGCUUUUGAUGUGACAGGAAUUAUACAGGGUUUCACAAGAAUUUGUUGGAAUAUUGUUUCCUGUAGCUAAGCCUCUGUCAUUUAGACAGGGGCAAGUCAACAACAGCAGAAUAAAUGAUUUUUUGACACCA